CGCCCUCAUUAGCGUGACGUAGUAGCGAUGACGGAGGCGGAACGAGCGGGUGGAUCUUGGUAGGUCGUAGUGACGUGUAUGCACCACAGCCCGGCUUGAGACGGGGUGAAAAGGUGGCGAGCAGCACCUUCGCUAUUGAUCUAGCCCAUAAUAGUUACGUUGGUGGCUUCAGGAUUGCUGCGCUCCGCUAUGUUCAACGUGGAAAGCUUAGAACGGGCCGAGCUUGGGGAGAGCCUCCUUACCUGGAUCCAGACGUUUAAUGUUGAAACACCAUGCCAGACUGUGGAAGAUUUAACGAAUGGGGUUGUGAUGGCUCAGGUGCUUCAAAAGAUAGAUCCAACUUACUUUGAUGAAAACUGGUUAAACAGAAUCAAAACAGAAGUAGGAGAUAAUUGGAGGCUAAAGGUAAGCAACUUGAAGAAAAUUUUAAAAGGGAUAUUGGAUUAUAACCAUGAGAUUCUAGGGCAACAGAUUAAUGACUUCACCCUUCCUGAUAUUAACCUGAUUGGAGAGCACUCUGAUUCUGCAGAGCUUGGGAGAAUGCUUCAGCUCAUCUUGGGAUGUGCUGUGAAUUGUGAACAGAAACAAGAGUACAUCCAGACCAUAAUGAUGAUGGAAGAAUCAGUUCAACAUGUUGUCAUGACAGCCAUUCAGGAGUUGAUGAGUAAAGAGUCUCCAGUCUCUGUUGGAAACGAUGUUUACGUUGACCUUGAUCGUCAGUUGAAGAAAACUACAGAAGAAUUAAAUGAAGCCCUAGCAACAAAAGAAGAAAUUGCCCAGAGAUGUCAUGAGUUAGAUAUGCAGGUUGCAGCACUUCAAGAGGAGAAGAGCAGUUUACUUGCUGAGAACCAGAUUUUGAUGGAACGUUUGAAUCAGUCUGAUUCUAUAGAAGAUCCCAACAGCCCUGCAGGUCGUAGGCACUUGCAGCUGCAGACCCAAUUAGAACACCUCCAAGAAGAAACAUUCAGGUUGGAAGCUGCCAAAGAUGACUAUCGAAUACGUUGUGAAGAACUAGAAAAGGAAAUUGCAGAACUGAGACAACAGACUGCAGAGCUUAGUACGUUAGCAGAAGAGGCUCAGUCAUUGAAGGAUGAAAUAGAUGUACUCAGGCAUUCUUCUGACAAAGUGGCCAAGUUAGAAAGCCAGAUAGAGUCAUACAAAAAGAAAUUGGAAGACCUGGGUGAUUUGCGGCGGCAAGUGAAACUCUUAGAAGAGAAGAAUACAGUGUACAUGCAAAACACUGUGAGCCUGGAGGAAGAACUAAGGAAGGCCAAUGCAGCACGUAGCCAGCUGGAGACAUACAAGAGACAGGCAGUUGAACUACAAAACAAAUUAUCUGAAGAAUCCAAGAAAGCUGAUAAAUUAGAUUAUGAAUGCAAACGGCUGAAAGAAAAAGUAGACAGCCUCCAAAAAGAAAAAGAUAGAUUAAGAGCAGAAAGAGAUUCUUUAAAAGAAACUAUUGAAGAGCUCCGAUGUGUACAAGCACAGGAGGGUCAGCUCGCCACUACAGCAUUGAUGCUCCUGGGAAGCCAGGAACCUUCAGACAGUCUAGCAGUGGAAAUUGUUACUCCUGAAAUCAAGGAGAAACUCAUUCGCCUUCAGCAUGAGAAUAAGAUGUUAAAGCUGAACCAGGAAGGUUCUGACAAUGAAAAGAUCGCCUUGUUACAGAGUCUACUUGAUGAUACAAAUUUACGGAAGAAUGAAUUGGAGACAGAGAAUAGGCUGAUUAAUCAGAGACUUCUAGAAGUACAGUCUCAGGUUGAAGAACUACAGAAAUCUUUGCAGGAGCAAGAUUCAAAAGCUGAAGAUGCUAUUUCAAUUCUUCUGAAAAAGAAACUUGAAGAGCAUCUUGAGAAACUUCAUGAAGCUAACAAUGAGCUACAGAAAAAACGAGCUAUUAUUGAGGAUUUGGAACCAAGAUGCAAUAACAGUUCACUCAGAAUUGAAGAAUUACAAGAAGCUUUGCGGAAAAAGGACGAAGAAAUGAAGCAAAUGGAAGAGCGAUACAAAAAGUAUUUGGAAAAGGCCAAGAGCGUUAUCCGCACCUUAGAUCCUAAACAAAACCAGGGUGCAGCUCCUGAGAUUCAGGCUCUGAAAAAUCAGUUGCAAGAACGGGACAGAAUGUUCCAUUCAUUAGAGAAAGAAUAUGAGAAAACAAAGAGUCAAAGAGAAAUGGAGGAGAAGUUUAUUGUUAGUGCCUGGUAUAAUAUGGGAAUGACUCUGCAUAAAAAAGCAGCAGAAGACAGACUGGCUAGUACAGGCUCAGGACAGUCCUUCCUGGCUAGACAAAGGCAAGCCACGAGCACAAGGAGAUCUUACCCUGGUCAUGUCCAGCCAGCAACAGCAAGGACUAAUGAGAUGCUACCACACAGCAGAUCUGAAAUAGGUCAUAUCCAGUGAUGUGGUUGCAUGACCUGCAGCAUUAUUAUAACAGGAACUGUUCAGUGCAUGUCUUGCUUUUCUGUCCAGACUGCAUAACCAAAGCUUAAACCAGUUCUACGAUUAAAACUCAUGGGCAUCUGCUUUCAAAGAGGUUCACUUGCAGAGAAGCUUACCAUCUUGGGGAGUGGCUUUCCCAUUUCCCUCUUCCAUUUUUUUUCCUCUUCACAAAAAGUCACCUAUGAAGCUAAAGGAAAGGAAACACAUUAUUCAGAAGUUCAGAGAAGGCAUUCUGCACUGUCAGCUCUCCAUUUUACUUCUGUCUAUCCACUUCUGAUUAACAGUAUUAACACACAGACUUCCUGCAACAUUUUAUAGCUCAGUAUAUGAAAAAUCUAGUCUUAUGGGCUCAUAAAAAGCACCUUUGGUUACUGUUGCAAUUUUAAAGCACCUGUACCCUUAAAGGAUCCACCUGGAGUCUUUAAAUAAUUAAAAGUUAAGCCAAGAAAGUGUGUUCUCCCAGGAGAAAUGAAUUAUGAAUCACUGUUUAGCCAGCCCAUCUUCCUUGGAAAACUAGAGCAGGGUUCAUCUGAUAAACUCUGAGACAGGCAAACUAUCAUACAUUAUUUUGUUUACAGAUACUGCCUGCUUCAUUAUUAUGUAUAUACCCAGUAGUUUGUGGCUGUUGUAUUUUUUUCUAUAUGUUUUUGCUUUUGUUUGUUUCCUUCAGAAACUUUUUUUUUUUUAAACUGUAUACAAUUGUUAAACAGUCUGAGGAAAAAAACCAUGACUGGUGAUAAUGAGCAUGAAAGCAGUCUAUACUUACAGUAUUAUGCAGACUGCCCUUGCUAGCUUAUAAUUUGGAGAAUUUAUCUUUUACCUGUACUAUUUUUCUCAAUUUUUUUUAAAUUUAGCUAUUUCAUUUCCAAUUGCACUAGUGUGGCUGUUUCUUUAUGUUAUGCUAUAAGACUAUGCUGUAUUAAGACAGUAUAACUCAAUAUUUUGUGCUGCUUAUAUUAAUUGUAAAUAACUGUUUAUUUAAUAGUCUUAAAUAUCUGCAUAUUUGUACUACUGUAUUUUCAUUUUGUAUGUGGACAACCAGUACUGAUAAGCAUCUACUAGUCUCUGCAGCCACUUCCACUCACCAAACACAGUAUGAGCCUAGUCCCUGGCCCAUCAAGUGAGAUGUUAGGCAGCUUGCUGCACCUUAUGCUGGGACACCUGCAUUUGUUUAGUCCUCGGGGACCCUGACACCUGCUAUGGAGGUAGUGAUAUGCGGAGUGAUUUGGAGGUACAGCUUGUCCCUGCCUCCUUUUGCACAGGAAGGUCUCUGCCAUCCUAUGAGGGGAAGUGCAGGUGAGGACUGAACUCUAGACAGACACUUUAGGAGAAGUGAAGGACUCAGGGUAUGAUACCAGACCCUUCUCUCUCUCUCCCUAUCCCUUCCUUUGAAGGAAGAGAAGUAUACAGUUUGGGCCUCUGUUCUCUCUUCUGAAUUUGAGAACUUUGAGAGUUUCAUGGCUGCCAGAUGCUCACUGGCUUUCAGCAAUCUGGGAAGGCUCCUUACUGUUUAGGAGAUGAAGACAUGUCCUUCGUGAUUCCCCCAGCAUCCAGGGGCAGUGGAGUGACUUGGCCUCUAGGGAGAAAUAGAGUUUUGGGCAAUAACAUGUCACUUAUUUAUCCAGCAGAGAUAAGUAGUGCUCUGAUCAGCCUAAGUCCUGAGGUGAGUGGUUUUCUAAAGCUGCAUACCAAGCCUGGGCUUUCAUUCAAGUCUUAGCUCUCUCGUUAAGCAUCAGAGCAAGCUGUAUGAAAAAUGCCUUCUCUUCCUUCUUGGGAAUUUGGUGUAUGAUGUAUUUCCCAUUUGCAAAGACUGUUGCUGUUGUGGCUUGGGGAAGGGGUGAGGUCCCAUUAGCUGUGGGACUCCUGAUGCUGGGAGUUCUGUGUUGGGUGAGAGGGUUUGGCUAUGCUUUGUAGUCAUUUGGAUGGAUGUCCCAAGACAUAGUAGAGCUGUACCUCAUUUUUUCCAAGUAGUCUCUGCCUUUAGUGACCGAGUAUCAGUUGUUCUUGAGCCUGAAAGCACUUAUGUGGAAGUGUGUUUAGCUUGACAAAAGCUGUUUGAGUCCACUUAAUAUAGCAGAGAAAUGUCAGGUGGAGCUAGUAACUUCCAGCAAAUGUGCUUCCUAUUUUAAUUAGAUUAGCCUAGCAUCUCUGUCAUUAAGUGAUUGCAAAUUUCAGUCACAACUCAGAGGUGAUCUCCAGCAUGUCUAUGAUAUACUAACUUUAUUUGUGCUGCACAGAAAACUGUUUUACUUUCUUAAUUCAGGGCUGCCAAACAAGCUGUUAUUAGGCAUUGUCCAGUUACCAAAAAUAACUGUUUGUGAAAUUGCCAAUGAUUUAUUUUUCUGUAAGAAAUUAGAUUCCUAGAGUGUCAAAACAUUAAUUUCCCAUUUCAGGUCACCUAUGAAUUCUGUAACUACCAGGGUUUCAUGGUUGUGGUAUUACUAUACAUAUUUGUACAUAGACAAAGAUACUUGGUAACGGUCAUUAGAUUUAAAACAGUUAAUAUUUUUUCCCAGUCAAAUACACUAAUGCUUCCAAAGCUAUAGAAAAGUGUACAGGUGUUAAACAAGUUGUAA